GCGCCGUGUCCCCUGUGCCAGUGACGGAGGUUACCCGACAGUUUACAGGCAGUGGGCGGCGGUGGAGGGGAGUUGAUGAGCUCUCACUUCCUCAUACACACGGUGUGUCAUCAUGGUGGCUUCUCGGGGAAGAGCGGCUGCAGCUCGGUGCGGCUUUCCAGCGGACACGGCGGUGUCGAUGCGGCCUCGGCCUGGCACAAGAGCCGGCCUAACCCUGCUGUUGGUUAGCUGGGUAUCCGGGCUGUGCGGAGCGGCCCAGGAGCAGAGCUCCGUCCCGGCUGUCACCUCCGGGAACUGGACUGAGCUGCUGCAAGGACACUGGAUGGUGGAAUUUUAUGCUCCUUGGUGUCCAGCAUGUCAGCAGAUCCAAGCAGAUUGGGAGAAUUUUGCAAAACGAAGUUCCGUCCUUCAUGUUAAAGUUGCCAAAGUGGAUGUUACUGAAGAACCAGGACUGAGUGGACGGUUCUUCGUAACAAAACUUCCGACAAUUUUCCAUGGCAAAGAUGGAGUGUUCCGACGUUACCAUGGCUCCCGAAUGGUUGAGGAUCUCCUCUCCUUCAUUGAAGAGAACAAAUGGAAUAUGAUAGAGCCAGUUGCGGGGUGGAAGUCUCCUUCCUCCGUCUUGAUGACUGGAAUGGCCGGACUGUUUCAUCUAUCUGGAUGGAUCCGGCAAACGCACAACUACUUCACAGGCCCUUUGGGAAUGCCUGCUUGGGGCUCUUACAUCGUUUUUGUCAUGGCUACCUUGUUGAUUGGACUCAUUCUUGGGCUGAUAUUGGUCCUGCUUAUAGAUUGCUUUUGCCCAGCUAAACCCAAGUAUGAAGAAGUGAGAUCAGAUAUUAUUAAGGAGGAUGUUGGAGGGUUAGAGAAAGAUCCUAAGGACUCUGGUGAUGAAAAGAAUGUGUCUGACAACGAAGAUGUCAGUGAAGAAGACAAUGAAGAAGAGAAGGAUGAGCAAGCAGAAGACAGUGAAGCCGUAAGAAAUGCUGAAAAGGGUUCUGGGGAGGACUCUACAGCAGAGGACUCUGGGACAGAAGAGGAAGAGGACGACGUUGGCAUGCACGUACCACAUCCAAGCACACCCGAAUCUGAAAGUGCCUUGAGACAACGCCGAAGUGAAGUGGCAGUUGAGAGUGAACAUUAGUCAUUUCUGUAUGCCUAGAUGUUUACCUUUUCAGGACCAAAGAUGAGUCAUUUGUUGCUGAAGUUUUUUCAUAGUUUAUCAUGUAGCACGAGUCAGUAUUGUGCAU